ACGCCAGCAGGGCGUUUUGCUCGACACACCACACCGUAGAGGGAAUUUCUAGUUUUCUUUUAGAGCCAGUGAAAAAAGGGAAGAAAAAACAGACAUCAGUUCUUGGAAGUUGAAACAACAAAAAUCCCAGAACACCCACCCAGGACAGGACAGGAGGGAUAGUCUCCUGUGUUUUAUUGUUCCCGUUUGUUUUGGGUUUUCCGUUUCCCUAGGAAAGGAAUUCUCCUGCUUUGGUUUGAUUCAGUUCUUCCAGUGUGUGUGCGCGCGUGUGCCUUUUUCCGUAUGGAUUGAGUUCCCUUACACUGUUUGUUAAAUAAAAACAAGAAGAAAGAGUUUAAAUUAACACAGCAACAAGAGCUCGCACCAGGUGGCAGAGUCCUGGCAGGAGCGUCACCCAUAACGGGGACACAAUCGAUCAAUAAAAAGCGAGUCUCCUGCUGUACAGCAAGACGGGGCUGUAUGUUCACAGUGAACGACGAGUGAAAUCUAGUACAACAGCGGGACGAGUAGUAGCAGAAGUAUAUCCUACAUCACUCUGUGUGUGCGCUCUCUCCCUCUCUGCCAUCAUUACGUCGCGUCCGGUGUUUGUGGAAAGAAGGAAAUGGUGUCAGCGAAGAUGGUCGAACCGUUGAUAGUGCUUCUGGUUUAUUUUAAUUGUGAUUUAAUAUUUUACGUUAAAAAUAUCAAUAAACAUUAAAGUGUAUCGUGGGAACAGUGUGUUUACCUCCCUUUAAUUAAUACUACUACUAACUGCUGCUGCUACAACUACUACUACCGCCGACUACCCAUUCCGAAUAAGCUUACAACCAGUAUAGAGAAGCCAAAGAGGAUACGGUACGAGGGAAACCCUGAAGGUCAUCAGGGGAAUAUAAAACAGACGACAUACUGCACAGUUGUUAGCGACUAAAAUCGUGUACAACGUGCUCUAAGAAAUCAAAGCAGCUUACAGCGGUGUGUGCGUGUCCGUUCCGCUUCGAACCGACUUAAGCUACAGUGGCUUAACGCACACAAACGCUGGCAGCCACUGGCAAACGUGACGUGAGCAAGCGAGACGGAAACGCUCAGGCACAAACGGUGCGAUAAGGAGGGAACGAGCCAAAACAAACACCAACAAGAGCCCGCGCCUCUCAGUGGCUGUGUGUGUAUAAGUGUGUGUGUAUAUUCGCGCGCACAUUGAACUCGCGGCUUUAUAAAUGCCUUCGCUUCCGCGAACGAAAACAAAGCAAUCGCAUUCGAGCGAUUGAGUCGAUCGGGUGUCUCUCCUGUGUGUAUCUUCAAGCCAAGUAGGCCUUGCUUGAGCAGGCCCCCCCGCAACCGAACAGUGCAGUACAAAAAAGUAGUUCUGUGUGUGAAGUGUGAAAAACAAAACAAACAGGGAGUGAAGUAAUCUUAAUUUCCCUUUUUACUGUCUGGUAGCUCAAAUCCGUUUGAGUCUACCGACCACAACCAAGCAGCGUCAAUGUACGCCAUACGUUGGACUACAGAGCGCUAAAAACGCACCAAAAAAAAAACCCGUAAAACCUAACAGAACGCCCUAAAGCGUCUGACGCGCGUGUUUUUGUGUGUGAAGUUGUUUUGUAAUUCGUGGUGUGUGAGUGUGCGUUACAAACACCACCACCGUCGUUGUUUCUUUAUGUUUAACCCAUUUUUUAACCGUGUAAUUUUGACGAAAAAGCGAAAACCUAAAUUGUAAAGUAAAUUAAACUAAAGAAGAAAGACAGUCGAACAAACUGUUCUGGUUACAAUUUUGGGACACGUAGUUACGUCCCGGAGAAAAAGACUUUUUUCCCCCUUGAAAGUAAGAGCAAAUAUCUGUUGAAAAGCACAACACAACAAGGAAGAGAACCAAGCGGUUGGUUUGCAAUAUUUCCUCGUUUUCAAUUUGCACCUACCGUCAAAACACCUUGAACGAGUUACGCACCGACGGGCAUCACUUUCGUGCUAAAGGUGGCCGAAAGGACAAUUUUCUUCACUGGGGCUUAGGCCGUUGUAUGGAGCGUGAAAAACCAUCGUUUAUAAAAGGGGACGAACCGGGCCUGGCUGGCAAGCAGGGCCGGAGCGAUCUUAUCUGUGCGAACAGCAACAGCAGCACCGUGAAAAUUGCUAGCGUUGAACGUCAAGAUGGCGCGUACGUACCGACCGUUGGCCGCUGGGGCAACGAGUGGCCAAGCUGACUCGGAACCGAGCGGAACGAACUACGGCCCGUGGUUCGGGAGGACCAUGGGAGCGUCGCCGGUCGAUCUGCCCGACGAUUGACCGAACCGGACAGUCACAGGCACGAUGUGACUACCAGCGACGAAGCAGCAGCAGCAGCACCGCCAUCGCGGCCGCGGCCGAUGGUCCGCUCCGUAUCAUGCACCAACGGUGGCCCGCAGGGUUGCGUCGCAACCGGCGCCGGCCCCGACGAUGGUACGGGCGAGACCGAACUGGCCGCCGCCGUCGCGGUCGCGUCCCGGCUGCCCAACGGCACCCACUGGAUUGCGGACGAUGGCGAUAGCUACAAUUUGGGCGCGUUCGAUCAGACGAACGGUGCGUGGCCGAUCCGGCAGCCGCUGCCGCUGCCGAAGUGGUCCGCCCGGCCGGUCACCCCGUUCGUCGUCGACAAGCUGUGGCAGUACGAGGAUUUGAUCGGGCUGAUCGAAACCAAGCUGCAGCGGAUGCUGGAGGAGACGCACUACAACACGGCGAACAACUUUGUGGAUUUUUACCGGGCCUACCGGGGAGCUCACCGUCACGGCCGCGGUGAGCUGCGGACACAUUUCCAGCACUACACCAUCCCGAUCAACCGUCGGCACCAUAUGUGUGUUAGUUUGGCAAUGGAAAUUGUGUCUAGAAUCGCCGAACAUCAUCCGGACAUUGCACGUCUGUUCUAUCUGGUAUCGUGCGAGGAAGCGCUUGACGAGACGGACUCGUACAUCCAGCACUGCGAGGAGAACGGCAUCGAGUACGCCGGGUCGACGCUGGAGAAGGAGCACGCGAUGGUAGCGAUGAAGAUAGUGGUCGGGGGCCGCGAAGGUGUGCUGAUCCUCGACCCGGGCUACCACGUGGCGCGCGCCGUCACCGUCAUGAAGGACCAGAAGUACCCGCACACCGGCUGGUUCACGCAGUCGGACGAGCCGCACUGCAAGCGCGAGUACAGCUACGCCCUGCACGACCUCAGCAGCGACUACAUCACCUGGACGGAGCGGAUGACGCGCGGCGCCAAGCAGCAGUACGAGGAGUCGCUGGUGUACGUUGCGCGCCCGUACCGCACCGCCAUCGAUGUGACCGUGCGCCGCAACCUGGUGUACAACUUCCGCUCGCUGCUGUCCCGCGACGCGAAGGGACGGGUGUGCGCCGGGCUGUACUUCCCGGUCGUGCCGAACCCGCACGAUGCGCAGGUGACGCUGUUCUACGACAACGCGAACGGCACGCAGGUGAAGCAGAAGUGCAAGUUUGCACAGUUCAAAGAUCCGGAAACGAUUCCUGACCCGGUAUUGGCCCAUCUGGAGAAUUUGGCCCCCCAGCUGCGCAUGAAGCUCGGCGACCUGAUCGACCUGAUGGUGGAUCUGGCCGAGUCCGUGCACGACGUCGAGUUCGUGCAGCAGGUGCUCGAGAUUAACAACAACAUCAACGAGCUGUCGGCAGAUAAUUAAGACAAAACAUACAUCAACCAUAUAUUGUGCAUUUUUUCCCAACUUACUUACAAACUAUGAUUCACACUAGCUCUAACAUCUUACUAGCUUAAUAGGAGAGCGCACCGACCCAAACUAAUCGAACAAUUUACUAUUCACCAAGAAGUAACCAUCAAUCCGUGACACACCACCCUUUAAUGGGCCCAACCGCUCAUUAAGGGUUAAAGCACUUACUAUUUUUGCUUGACCUUAGCAUAUCUACUUGACCACUUGUGUCUGACCGCGUGCGUAGUAUUUGUUUUGAUGUGUAAUUCAAAUUUUAAACUGUAACUUUUGUGUGUCGUACGAAAAAAAACGAAAUCAACAAAAUUAAUACGCGUGUUUUAAGCAACUUUUGCAACCCUGCACUGUACUCCAGCUAGGUUUUCCCCCAUUAUUGCUUCACAAUAUUUCUGUAUCAAUUUGUUCAAUGCCUGCCUGCCUGCCAGCACCAGCCUGUUGUUGGUUGGGGUUUUUUCUGUUGCAAACCCACGAACGAGACCAAAUCUUCGCAAAGUCAUUCCAGCAAACUCUGUUUGUCACAAUGAUUUGCCGCAUUGUGUGUGUGUUUGUUUUUAUUAGUGUCUCACUAAUUUCGUGUGCACACUUUGCAUAACUGCACCACCAACCGAUGCACCACGGACGAGCAAGCAAAAGGCAUUGUAACGUGUAGUAGAGUGUCGUGUUUCUUCUCUAGCUCCAUCCUUAUUGUGGACUAUUUAAUCAUUUUUAUUCAAAAUGUGUAUUGUAAAACCCCCCAAAAAAGCAUCAGAGAGCUUGACAAAUAAAGUGAAACAAAAACGUA